AUGAUAUUCAGGCGUAUUAGUGACAUUGACACACUUAAUAAUACCGAUACAACUGAUAAUAUCGUAGUCAAUCAUCACCAAAUAAAAUUGGCGAUUUUAUCACCUUGUCAAGUGUUAUCAGUCAUAUGUUCUCUAUUGGUAUUGAUUAAUACCAUAUGUCGACCAUCGAAAUUAAUAAAACCCAUUGAAAAUCAUUUUACUCUUCCACUAUUAACAACAAGUUCUGUUCAAGUAACAACUGAAUUAUCAAUGGUAGAAAAUUAUUUACAUACAGGUAUUGUACGACCAUCAACCAAUGGUUAUUGUUUAUUUUUUAAUUGGUAUGAAUUUUCAUUAAAUGGCAUUAGUUUAUUUGUUAUGCUAUGGGCAUCUAUUGAACGUCAUAUUAUUAUUUUUUCUCUAUCUAUCUUUCAAAUUAGAUGGAAACGUAUUGCUUUUCAUUAUGUACCACUUUGUAUAGCAAUAUUGUAUCCACCUGGAUGUUAUGCUUAUUUGAUUUUUAUAUAUAAUUGUGUUAAUAAUUGGAAUUAUUCUGAAUUAUUAUGUACGACACCAUGUUUUUAUCAAAACAAAAUGCUAGGUAUUGGAGAUUGGUUAGUAAAUAUAAUCAUACCAGCUUUUUCAAUUGCUCUAGCAAAUCUUUUACUUAUUAUUCGAGUAAUAUACCGUUCAACUGGAAUAAGACAUAAUAUUCGACGAACAAAAAAGAAGAAUCGGAAAAUGACCAUACAAUUACUUGCAAUUUCAUCACUUUUUCUUAUAUUUUGGUUACCAAUUGCAGUUACAGGUUUAAUUCAACAAUUUUUCUAUCCAACAUUUCUUAUUGAUAUUCAAUUUAAUAUCUUUUUCUAUUUAAUUUAUUUCAUUCAACUGUUUUUGCCUAUUGUUUGUUUUGUUUCUUUGCCAGGAUUGAAAAAAGCUACAGUUAGUAAAAUUAGACAAUGGAAACAAUGGAAUAUAGUAGGUGAUAUAACAGUUAUGCAAAUUGCUUCUAUGAUUCCAACAUGGCGCAACUAA